AUGGACCUGGUCCAAAAAGAGCACGACCGACUUUUGAAGAAGUUGAGGUCAUCACAGGGAAUCACAAAUGUGCAAAACACGAUUGAUAUCUUGCAGUCAGCCCGGGAUGCGAUUGCAGCUGAUCCCAACCAGGCGGCCGUUACUCUGGCAAAGCUUCAGAAUCCCGUCAAAACCUCUUUCAACGCCAUCAAUGACAGCCUGAAAGAAACCCAUGGCAGUCUUAACAAGUACACUAAGUCUCUUGACAAGUCUUUUGACUUGAAGCUCUUCAAGGAUAGACCUCUCCCGAGUACUGAACAUGAUGCCCUCUCUCAACGAGAUCAACUCAUUAAUCGCGCCAUCGCCAUGCACCUGCUGCGGGAAGGGCAAUUCUCCGUUGCGGCGAGUUUCCUAUCAGAGAUUGCCGAGAAAAAGACUCGGAUAGCAAGCAGUGACCGCACCUCAGCCUCUCCUGAACCGACAAGCCUGCUGAAUCUUGAUGAAGUGCCCUCUGCCGAAAUUCGCAAAGAAUUUGCCUCUAUGUAUUACAUUCUUUCCCAGCUCAAAGAACGACGCAACCUCCUUCCCGCGAUUGAAUGGGCCCGGGAGAAUCGAGAGGCGCUGGAAGCUCGUGGCAGCAACUUGGAGUUUGAGCUGUGUCGCUUGCAAUAUGUCUGGCUUUAUCAUGGCGAGUCUGAUACGCCGAAUGCAACUCCCGACCAAACUCGGAGAAAUCAAACCGCGGCCAUCGCGUAUGCCAGGCAGGAGUUCCCUGCCUUCCACACACGCUACCAGCGGGAAAUCAACCAGCUGAUGGGUGCAAUGGCAUUUUGCCCGAAUUUAUCCGCCUCGCCAUAUGCGGCAAUCUUUAAUAACCCAUCCGCAUGGGAGGAUGUGGCACAAUUUUUCACCCGUGAGUUCUGCUCGCUACUCGGUUUGUCGGCGGAUUCGCCGCUGUACAUUGCCGCGACUGCCGGUGCGAUCGCACUGCCGACGCUCCUGAAGCUCCAAACAAUCAUGAAAGCAAAGCGAACCGAGUGGACGAGUGAGAACGAGCUUCCGGUGGAAAUCCCGCUGCCCCCAUCGUACCUAUUCCACUCGAUCUUCGUCUGCCCCGUCUCAAAAGAGCAGGCCACCGACGAGAAUCCACCAAUGAUGAUGCCUUGUGGGCACGUCAUCGCCGAGGAGUCCUUGAAACGACUCAGCAAAGGUAGCCGAUUCAAAUGUCCUUACUGUCCGAACGAGAGUCACAUGAAGGAUGCGCGGAAAGUUUUCCUGUGA